GCGCAUUCCUUCAAUCGAUACUGAUAAAGUCGCUCACAUACUACCAACUAAGUAUAUAUUCAUCAUACAUUUUCCAGUUACACAGUUACACGGAAACAUUUGUAGUUCAAACAUAUGAAAUGGCGCCUAAUACAGUGGAAACAAAUUUCACUCCUGACCCAGAAAUGGUGACGAGGGAAAAUAAAACUCAAAACUUGCCGGGACAAGAAGUCAAUUAUAAUUUGUAUAUUUUUCAAUCAACUUUGAAUCUGUUAGCUAACAUUUUAAUUGGUACUGUGGUCGGUAUUUCCUUGUUGUUUGCGUUACGGAAUGGCCUGCCCUUGGGAGCGACUUCGUUACAUAUUGUUCUGUGUGUUAUUGGGUACCAACUGCUUAUGGCGCAGUCUAUUCUCAGCCUGUCUGGCAGCGGCUGGUCUUCGAAGCUAAGACUGGUGGACAAACGGCGCGCUCACUGGAUCUUACAAAUUCUAGGCUCCGGACUCGCUUUAGCUGGAUCCUUUAUAAAGAUACUCGACAAAUCAGUACAUUGGAAUACCUACCAUGGACAAUUCGCCUUGGUAGCAAUGGUAUUCACAGUUGCCUGUUUUCUGAAUGGUCUUACAUCGUUAUACGCUUACGAAUGGCGAAGUAUUUUCAAUGCAUCUAUUUCCAAACUAACACACAUUUGUUUUGGAAUCGUAGCAUUUGGUGCAGCAUGCAUCAGUCUUUGUUACGGUUUUGAUAAGCCAUUCUUUAGAAGCUGGGCGUCAGAAGAUUUUACGGACGCCCUAAUAGCCUUUACUGGAAUCUUCGGUUUUAUAAUAUUGACAAAUCCAUUUAUAACAUUUUUCAAAAAAGCAGCCACAGUCGUUAAAAAAUGAAGAUGUUUAUUUUGGAGUCUUAAAAUGCAUUAAUAAUUACUCAUAGAUAAAAAACCUUCUUAUUAUUGCUUAUGUUAUUUCGCUGUUGUACUUUUAUUGUGUUUUGAGCUACCAAUAAACGAAAGGAAUCUCAAAUUCAUCUUUCAACCAUAAAUAAAUAUUAUUGGAUAAUGAUUGCAUGCAACUCUACAUUUUUUCUAAGAUUUUGUAAACCUCCUUCACAAAAGAAAAUAUUUAAGGAUAUAAUGUACCAUAAAAUCUGAAUUAUA